AAAAAAAAAAUAAUAAAAAAAUUUUAAUAGAAGAAACUUCAUCAAAAAUUUCUUCCUUUUGCAUCUAUAUACAUCUUUAACAAUGUCUGUUACUUUGGAACUUCCUUUGGCCCUUCACAUCCUCGAAGCUGUUCUUGCUGAAAACAAAUAUAUUGCUUCUAACGAUAAGGCUACUGAUGCCGAUUCCACUGUUGCUGCUGCUUUAGGUUCUGCUCCUGCUGCUGAAUUCGUUAAUGUCAACAAGUGGUUCGCUGAAGUCAAGCCCGCUGCUAAGGAAGCUGCACCUGCUGCUGAAGAAGAAGAUGAUAUUGAUCUUUUCGGUUCUGAUGAUGAAGAAGUUGAUGAAGAAGCUGAAAAGCUCAAGGCUCAACGUCUUGCUGAAUACAAUGCCAAGAAGGCCGCUAAGCCUAAGCCUAUUGCUAAGACCACCGUCACCCUCGAAGUUAAGCCUUGGGAUGAUGAAACCAACAUGGAUGAAUUGACUGCUGCUGUCAAGGCUAUCAACAUGGAUGGUCUCCUUUGGGGUGGUCACCAACUUGUUGCCAUUGGUUAUGGUAUCAAGAAGCUUCAAAUCAACUGUGUUGUUGAAGAUGAUAAGGUUAUGAUGGAUGACUUGACUGAUGCCAUUCAAGAUUUGGAAGAUUAUGUUCAAUCUGUAGAUAUUGCUGCUAUGCAAAAGAUCUAA